AUUAAACGAAAUUUAGUCUCUUUUACAGUGUCAAUAUCGCGACUUUAAAAAGUAUCAGUUUCCAGUAAUUUGUUUGAAUUGCUCAACCAGAAAUUUUCAGCUUCUAGUAGGAUUUACAACGUUUUUUACGAAACGAAAGCAAUUUCAAAAAGGAACUCAUUGGCAUUGACUAAAAACUGAACUCCAAGCGAAGCGGCGGACGAGCAUCAAACUUUUCAUUGGCAAUUGGAAACUAUAUUCUUUCAAAAGUCUUUAUUUACUGAUACAACUGCAACGAAAACAUAGAUAAAUCGGACGCCAUCAUGGAACUAAAGGAAGACCAUGAAAAGAUUACCCUCAGUGAGGACACUGAAUCAGAGGAGACUGAGGAGAGAGAGAAAUGGGACAAGAAAGCCGAGUCCAUCCUGUCCAUGCUGGGAUUCUGUGUCGGGCUGGGCAACAUCUGGCGAUUCCCGUACCUCUGUAUGAGGAACGGCGGGGGUGCGUUCCUGAUUCCAUUUUUGUUUUUUCUCUUUUUCUGUGGACUUCCGCUCUACACGCUGGAAGUGACCAUGGGUCAGUUCUCUGGCAAGGGGAUAGUCAAAGUCUGGGAUGUUUGUCCUAUAUUCCGAGGCGUUGGGUUUGGAAUAUCGAUACUUUCUACAAUUUCAUGUUCAUAUUACAUAAUAAUAAUAUCUUGGACAACAUUCUACCUAAUAAAUUCGUUCAAGUCGCCGCUACCCUGGACAUUGUGUUUGGAAGACUGGAACACCCCGUUCUGUAGGAUAAAGAACCAUGGCCCUACUGACGUAUCUGUAAACGGAACUCAAUACAACGUCACUUCCUCUGGGUAUUCAAACACCAGCAUUACCCUUAGAAAUCAAAGCGAACUUUUCUCCACCCCCGAGGAGGAGUUUUGGCAAGGAGAAGUCCUUCAUUUGUCUGAUGGUCUUGAAAGCAUUGGACAGAUACAAUGGCAUUUAGCGCUGUGUUUCCUGGCUGCAUGGGUCAUGGUCUACUUGUGUUUAGUCAAAGGAGUGAAAACCGUCGGCAAGGUUGUCUACGUCACGGCGACGCUUCCCUACAUCCUCCUGCUGGUUAUACUGAUCAGAGGCCUGACACUACCCGGUUCUCUGGACGGCGUUCUCUUUUACAUCACUCCAGAUUUCGAGCGUCUAAAAGACGGGAAAGUUUGGGCAGAGGCAGCUAUUCAGAUUUUUUACUCCAGUGGCAUCGUGUGGGGAGCACUCAUAACCAUGGCCAGUUACAACAAAUUCCACAACAAAUGUCUCAGAGAUUGCUACGCCUUGGUUUUAGCAGGAGAAGGAACCAGCAUCUUUGGCGGAUUCGUCGUGUUUUCAGUCCUAGGUUACAUGGCCCACGAAAAUGGUGUACCUAUUGAAAAAGUUGUCAAAUCAGGUCCCGGUCUGGGAUUCAUUGCUUACCCCGAGGCUCUGGCCAAACUGCCCCUUCCCAACCUGUGGGCCGUGCUCUUCUUCAUCAUGCUUCUGACUGUGGGCCUGGACAGUACGUUUGGAACAAUUGAACCCGUUUUUACUGCUCUGUCCGACUCUUUCCGGAUGUGGCGGAAACGACGCGCGCUACUAACGGCGCUCUUCUCGGCCGUCUGCUUCCUUGUGGGGCUCAUCAUGUGCACCGAGGGCGGUAUGUACGUCUUCCAACUCAUUGACUGGUACUCCGCGGCCAUUGCCGUCCCUCUCUUUGGUUUUUUGGAGUGCAUUGCGUUUGGAUGGAUUUACGGUGCUGAGAUGUUCUCGCGAGACGUGAUGAUGAUGACGGGACAAGGUAUUCCUCCGCUGAUCAGGAUCUGCUGGUGUUUCAUCACUCCCACCAUCCUACUGAUAAUAAUGAUAGUGACCCUGAACUCCUACGUGCCCCCUGAGUACGGCAGCUACAAAUACCCCCCGUGGGCCCAGGUGUUCGGAUGGUUCGUCGCAGUAAUUCCUCUCAUUCCUAUUCCGGUCUUUGCCUAUAGAGAAAUCAAGAUCGCAAAUGGUCGGACAUAUAUGGAGAAAUUGAAAAAUUCCCUGCGGCCCAACGAUCAAUGGGGACCAAACCACACAGAAGAGAGAAAGAGAUACAAGGGAGAGAACCGUGAAUAUACCGGAAGUUUACUUGAAAAUAUUGUGGUAAACGUUACAGGCAAAGACAUAUCAUAAAUUCAACUUAUGCCCGAGUACCAUAAUGCAAAUCAGUCAAAAAAUAAUAUAUCCAGUUAUCAGAGUAACGUUUACAUAUCACACAUUAUCUACAUAAUUACCGAUAUUUGAUUGUAUGUACAUGUAUGUAAUAUCUAAUAUUUACAUCUACCGAGUAUUAUUCCCUCUAUUUCUUACGGAAACUUGUAGUUAAUUCAUAGCUCUAUAGAAACAGUCAGACUGAUAUCUACACGCCCUGUUUAUCGAUUGGUCGAAAUCUACAGCGGCUGAAACUGACAGGACCUAACUCAACACGGCCUGUUUAUCGAUUGGUCGAAGCCUACAGAGACAUAAGAAAAACCUCGGACUGCACGAAAUGAUCAUGAUGAUGUCAGACACAAAGUCUCAGAGGAGACGAUUUGGCUGUUUCUUUUUAGCUAACAUAAUUAUGUACGUUAACAGAAAUUUAGCGAAUUUUACUUACUUUAAAUAAUCAAUUAUUAAUUAAUUAAUUAAUAGAAAGAUGUAAAUAUAAAUAAUAAAAUGCUUUCUUUCAUGAGGGUUAUUAAGGUAGCGAUCAUUACAGAAAAAAAUUACAUAACUCGCUAACGCGAAUUAUGUAGUUUUUCUGCAAUGUCGCAUGCAUCACCAAAGAAAGCAUUUUAUUGUUUAGAUAAUAAUGCAUGUUGUGCGUGAUAUAUACAUCCAUAUGAUAAAGAAGCUAGGAUUUAUAGAAGAUUGUUUUAUUUACAAACAUUCAAAUGAAGAUGUGCUAUGUAUCUAUUGAGUCAUUGCAGCUUUUUUGUUAUAUAUAUCUGCUAUUAAAUCGUUUAAGCUUGU